AUGGACGGAUUGAUGCAAAAGUUGAUAGAUCAGCACCGAUGUAAGAGGCUGGACAAUAAUAAAAAUUACAACAACAACAAUAAUAAUAGUACGAUCGACCACCUUCUUAACUUGCAACAAUCUGAUCCUCAUUACUAUACUGAUGAAAUCAUCAAAGGACUCAUGUUGGUGCUAAUAUUUGCAGGAAUUGAUACAUCAGCGGUGACCUUAGAAUGGGCAAUGUCCAAUUUGCUAAACCAUCCAGUUGUAUUGAGGAGCUCUAAAGCUGAAAUAGACAGCAAAUGGGGAGCUUCGUCUAAUGUUCUUGGAUCAACGGUUAAGUUGGGGAUUGAUUUUUCGGUCAUUACGGGCAUUAGAAUAUCGUUGGAAGUUCUAACUGAAGAAAAGGAGUUGGGUGCAGGGGAGUUCAUGGUGGAAGGCGACUCAGAAAUAGCUACGGAUUGGGUGGAAUUUCCACCUCAUCGGCAAUGGAACGGUGGUCUAUGCUUCUGGAAGUGUACAGACUGA